CUGGGUAAAGGUAAGGAAGGACAAGGCUGAGCCAAGUCGGCGUGUGACCCGCCUUCUGGGGUGGCCUUAGCCAGCGGAGAAGAGAUUGGGGAGAAAAGGGCCCCACUCGACCCUCUCGGGCCUCGGCUACUCGGGCCUCGGCGGAAGAUGGCGGCUCCUGCGGGUUCGGCAACUCCCGCGGCUCCGGCCAAGGGCUCCGAAGCGGCGCUGGCUGCCGCCUUAGCGGACGUGCCUGAACUGGCCCGACUCCUGGAGGUUGACCCGUACCUGAAACCCUUCGCCGAGGACUUCCAGCGCAGGUAUAAGAAGUUUAGCAAGAUAUUGAGUGACAUUGGAGAGAAUGAAGGUGGAAUUGAUAAGUUUUCCAGAGGCUAUGAAUCAUUUGGCAUCCACAGAUGUGCUGAUGGUGGCUUAUACUGCAAAGAAUGGGCCCCAGGAGCAGAAGGAGUUUUUCUUACAGGAGACUUUAAUGGUUGGAAUCCAUUUUCAUAUCCAUAUAAAAAAUUGGAUUAUGGAAAAUGGGAGCUGUACAUCCCACCAAAGCAGAAUAAAUCUGUACUGGUACCUCAUGGAUCCAAAUUAAAGGUAGUUAUUACUAGCAAGAAUGGAGAGAUCUUGUAUCGUAUUUCACCAUGGGCAAAGUAUGUGGCUCGUGAAGGUGGUAAUGUGAAUUAUGAUUGGAUAUGCUGGGAUCCAGAACAUCCAUAUAAAUUUAAGCAUUCCAGACCAAAGAAGCCAAAAAGUGUAAGAAUUUAUGAAUCUCAUGUGGGAAUUUCUUCCCAUGAAGGAAAAAUAGCUUCUUAUAAACAUUUUACUUGCAAUGUACUACCAAGAAUCAAAGACCUUGGAUACAACUGUAUUCAAUUGAUGGCAAUCAUGGAGCAUGCUUACUAUGCCAGUUUUGGGUACCAAAUCACAAGCUUUUUUGCAGCUUCAAGUCGUUAUGGAACACCCGAAGAACUAAAAGAACUAGUUGAUACAGCUCAUUCAAUGGGGAUCACAGUCCUCUUAGAUGUGGUACACAGCCAUGCUUCAAAAAAUUCAGAAGAUGGAUUGAAUAUGUUUGAUGGAACUGAUUCUUGUUAUUUUCAUUCUGGACCUAGAGGGACUCAUGAUCUUUGGGACAGUAAAUUGUUUGCCUAUUCCAACUGGGAAGUUUUAAGAUUCCUUCUGUCCAACAUAAGAUGGUGGUUGGAAGAAUAUUGCUUUGAUGGAUUUCGUUUUGAUGGUGUUACAUCCAUGCUGUAUCAUCACCAUGGAAUGGGUCAAAGUUUUUCAGGUGAUUACAAUGAAUAUUUUGGACUACAGGUUGAUGAAGAUGCCUUGACUUAUCUCAUGUUGGCAAAUCAUUUGAUUCAUACAUUGUAUCCAGAUUCCAUAACAAUAGCUGAGGAUGUAUCAGGAAUGCCGGCUCUGUGUUCUCCAAUUUCCCAGGGAGGUGGUGGUUUUGACUAUCGAUUAGCGAUGGCAAUUCCAGAUAAAUGGAUCCAGCUCAUUAAAGAAUUUAAAGAUGAAGAUUGGAAUAUGGGCAAUAUAGUAUACACUCUCACAAAUAGACGCUACCUUGAAAAGUGCAUUGCUUAUGCAGAGAGCCAUGAUCAGGCACUGGUUGGUGAUAAGACACUGGCAUUUUGGUUGAUGGAUGCUGAAAUGUAUACAAACAUGAGUGUUCUAGCUCCUUUUACUCCAGUUAUUGAUCGUGGAAUACAGCUUCAUAAAAUGAUUCGACUCAUUACUCAUGCACUUGGAGGAGAAGGCUAUCUCAAUUUUAUGGGUAAUGAAUUUGGGCAUCCUGAAUGGUUAGACUUCCCAAGGAAAGGAAAUAAUGAGAGUUACCAUUAUGCCAGAAGGCAGUUUCAUUUAACUGAUGAUGACCUUCUUCGCUAUAAAUUCCUAAAUAACUUUGACAGGGAUAUGAAUAGAUUGGAAGAAAGAUGUGGUUGGCUUUCAGCUCCACAGGCCUUUGUGAGUGAAAAGCAUGAGGGAAACAAGAUUAUAGCUUUUGAGAGAGCAGGUCUUCUUUUUAUUUUCAACUUCCACCCAAACAAGAGCUACACUGAUUACCGAGUUGGAACAGCAUUACCAGGAAAAUUCAAAAUUGUGCUAGAUUCAGAUGCAGCAGAAUAUGGAGGACACCAGAGACUGGACCACAAUACUGAUUUCUUUUCUGAGGCUUUAGAACACAAUGGACGUCACUAUUCUCUUUUGGUGUACAUUCCAAGCCGAGUGGCCCUCAUCCUUCAGAAUGUGGAUCUGCCUAACUGAAGAGGCCUGAUUUCAGCUCCACCACAUGCAUAUGUGAGCUUUGUUUGCUUCUUCUGUCACAGAAUUUAUAAUGUAUAAGUUUUUCAAAAUACAGUUUGUUUAGCCAAAUCAGAUUGAAAUUAUUGCGUAUACCAAUAUGUAUAUACAACUUGAAAACAAUAGGUGAGGGAGUGUAUUUCAAAUUUUAAGGAUCCAAAUUUCCAAGCCAUUUGAACAGCUAGAAAUCAUGUAUUAAAAAUGUUAUACUUUGCAUCCAGUUAUGUGAUCCUUUCUGAUUUCAAAUUUGAAUUAUUCAUUAUGUAUAGUUAUUUCUAUUGAAUGUAUACAGAUGGAUAUUUGGUGGCCUUAUUUGUUCUAAUAUCUAUUAGCCUAAAUUGUGAAGUACUAAGUUUGUUUCUCUGCUUUUACAAAUUGUAUUAAUAAAUAUUGUAAUAAUAUGUAGUGAUAAUAUAAAAUUAAGAAUUAUAUCAAAGAUAAUGUAAGAACCUUACCUAUCAAUUUACUCAUGCCUUGUAUUGCAUUAAAUUUUAUCUUGUUAUCUCCUGUUCACAUAGUAUUUUGGUAGAUGCUGAUAUUCUUAGUCUUUCUGAAGACCUAAAAUGGCAAUUGUAUUAUUUCAGCAACCGUCUUUUCCUUUUGAUCAAUAAAAAUAAAUUUUCAAGAUUGCCUUCA